CUCACAGGAGUAAUCCGGCCUUAACUUUUUGCGCUGGUUUUGCUGUGAUUUUUUUUUUUUUCUCUCCAUCCAUCUCCCCCGCCCCCCCGCCCCGCUACACUUUUUAUUGGUGGGGGGCGUCUUUUGUUUUCCGGAUCCCCCGCCUCUCCUUCUGGCCCCUCCAUGGCUCCCUUAGCCGAAGUCGGGGGCUUCCUGGGCGGCCUGGAGGGAUUGGGCCAGCAGGUGGGCUCGCACUUCCUGCUGCCUCCUGCCGGGGAGCGGCCGCCUCUGCUGGGCGAGCGCAGGGGCGCGGCGGAGCGAGGCGCGCGCGGCGGGCCGGGGGCGGCGGAGCUGGCGCACCUGCACGGCAUCCUGCGCCGCCGUCAGCUCUACUGCCGCACCGGCUUCCACCUGCAGAUCCUGCCCGACGGCAGCGUGCAGGGCACCCGGCAGGACCACAGCCUCUUCGGUACGUACCAGCAUCCCGCCCCCACCCCUCCACUUCGGCUCCUCUUCCGCUCCCCGUGCGCCUCCCUCCUCGCCUGCCAAGGGUGUCAGAGCCCUGCGGAGCCUGGAGUCCCUAUGGACCCAUCCGGGGUGAGAUGCAGGCUGGGCCUGCGGGGCGGACCAGCGCGGGAACAGGGAGAGAUUUUCCUGCCCGCCUGUGGCCGCAGCCUCUAG